AUGAACGACGCUGGAAAGGCCGCAUUGUGGCAGCAGAUGUACGUUGAGCUCAAAAAGAGCUCGAAGGCAGACGGGGAACGCAAGGAGCGGGAGCUUGCUAUGAUGGAGCAGGAGGCUGCUCUCAAGCAGCAGGAGGUCGCGCUCAAGCAGCAGGAGGUUGCGCACCUGCGCGCCGAGGUCCGCUGCCUGCUGGACCAGCUGGCCUCCUCUCGGGCAAUGGUGGAGCAGCUGCGCCUGGAGAAGCUCGGCUCCCCGAUGUCGACCAGCUGA